UGGUAGGCGAUAGACAAGAUGGCGGUGGUGUUUCAUGCAUAGGACUGAUACAUAAGAUUUUACGUCGAUCAAACGUAUCUUAACACGAUUAAUUUGUUCGUUCGAAUAGAUUCGUUUUAAUCGGUAAUAAAGUUAAAAGUUAUUUAAACUUAUUAAUAUUUAAUUGUUUAUUAUUAAUCGCAGUGUUAUUAUGGAAAAGUCUGGAGUUUUCCCGCGCGUAUUUUGAUGAUCGUGUAGGAUACGGCCUACGCAUUUUUUUGGCAUCGUUUAUGUGAUAUUCCGUAUUUAUAGCGACGUGAGACGUCGCGUUAAGAAUAGGUAUCAUAUACGUAUUCCGCAGAAGAUGGGUUUACCUUGUGACUGGCAGAUAAGCAAGCAAAAGAUAUCAGAACGUGGUAAAUAUUUGCUUGAAACAGGACAAUGGUCAGAUUGCAAAUUUAUUGUCGGUCAAGAGCCACAUCAGGAGACAUUGAAGGGACAUAAAUUGUUUUUGGCGAUGUCCAGCCCUGUAUUUGAAGCAAUGUUUUAUGGAGGUAUGGCAGAAAAAAAUGAUCCUAUACAAAUACGCGAUGCUCAACCGGAUGCAUUCAAGGCACUAUUAGAGUAUAUAUAUACUGAUCGUGUUAAUCUCGGUUCAUUUGAACUUGCCUGCGAAUUAUGCUAUUGCGCUAAAAAGUACAUGUUACCGUCCUUGGUGGAAGAAUGUAUGCAAUAUUUGUGGUUCGAUUUGUCUCCAAAGAUAGCUUGUAGAGCAUAUGAGUUUGCUAAACUUUUUGAAGAACCCGUGCUCAUGGAAAAGUGUUUACAAAUAAUAUGCAGUAAAACUAAUGAAGUUUUAGAAGAAUCUAGUUGGGAGGAAGUCGAAUUGGGUACAGUUAUUACCGUUUUAGAACAAGUCGAUUUAGAGAUUAGUUCAGAACUUGAUCUGUUUACUGCUGUUGAGAGAUGGGCUAAAGCAGAGUGUGCAAGAAAAUCAUUAGAUCCAACUGAUGGAAAGUCCUUAAAAUCUGUUAUUGGUAAUGCUUUAUCCAAAAUAAGAUUUUUAACUCUGACACCACAAGAAUUUGCUGAAAGUCCAGGAAUGUCACCUCUUUUGACUCAAGAUGAAGCUUUCGCUAUUUUGAUGAAUAUAUUAUGCACAGAAAAUAAAGCACCAUUACCGGAAGGAUUUUCCAGCGAUACGCACAAUAGGGCUAAACCAAUUAAAGCACAGACUACACAUAUUUUUUCAUCUAAACAUAGACGGGUAUCAACUCCACAUACCAAUUCAUUUAGUUCAUGUACAUUUUGGCCCUCAACAUCUCGACCAUACCAAUUUUCUUUUGAUGUCGAAGGAGAAAGUAGUAAUUCUUUACAUAAUGCACCGCCGAUGGUAGUAGAAGGAGGAGUAAGAAAAGAAUCUGGAAAUCUAAGUCAAACGAAUAAUUCAUCAACGGUUAUAAUAGAAGGUGGAAUUCGUGAGGGACCAAAGUAUUAUUGUCUUCGAGCGAUAGCCCAUCCAACGGAUUGCCUUAAUAGCAAUGUAUUAGAUUGUUCAGUGACAUUCAGUGUGGAUAAAAACAUUUGUGUUAUGGGUGUACAAGUACCAACACAAAUUGCUUUUGUGACAAGUAAUUUACAUCAAAACUCGGAUCCUGAUAGGUCAUAUACAGAAAUACUGUAUGCUCAUCUUUUAGAUUCCGAUGGCAGUCGUUUAACAUACACACAUUUCUCUACUAAAGUAAAUGUUGGAACUCUCGUCGAAAUUACAUUUAAUCGUGCUGUUUACAUACAAAAACAUAAGAUUUAUCGCGUGGGGGUAGUCUUUAACAAAGUUGGUUGGUACCCAAUGGGACUGUGCACGCAACAUAUGACCUGUGAUUCUGUAUUCUUUUCAUUUGGAAUUGGUAACAGUGACCAUAGUAUCAGAGAUGGUCUCAUUCGUUCAAUUGUGUUCACUUAUUAACGUUGACAAUUAAAUUGCCAGGUGUUAACAAAUUUCAAAUACGUGUUUUAGAUUUGUGAUAAGACAAAUGUCUACCCUAUUCUGUUAUGUAUA